AUGGCACAAGCGGUGCCUGACCCCCCGCCGAGCAACAAGAAGAGAGUCAAGGUCUAUGAGUUGCGCAACAGCGACUGGUUUGAUCGCGGCACCGGUUUCUGCACCGCGGCCUUCAUAUUCGAUGAGGUCUCGCGUCAUGAAAUACCGCGAGUUCUCGUGCAGUCCGAAGACCAACCGGAGCGCAUACUGUUAGAAACGAAGAUUUGCAAAGAAGAUGGAUUCCAAAAACAGCAAGACACUCUUAUCGUGUGGACGGAGCCAGCAACUGGUGUUGAUAUGGCGCUUAGCUUCCAAGAGGCAGAAGGUUGUGCAACUAUAUGGAAGUUCGUGAGCAACGUUCAAGCGCAGAUGCUAGCAAUUAACUGCCCAGAUGAUGCCCUCGAUGAUGAUAUCUCCGUCGACCACUUUUCAAGCUCAAUAUCGCUACCACCACCCACCCUCGGCAAUCUACCAGAGGUGGAAGCGAGUAUCCGAAGCUGCAACGUCACAAAUGCAGGCCGGGAGGCUAUUAUUAAAUUUGUCAUCUCCGAGGACUACAUAAAACAACUGAUACCAUUGGUAGAAAUGGCGGAGGACAUGGAAGAUCUGGCCAGUUUGCAUAAACUGUGCAAUAUCAUGAAGACAUUUAUAUUGCUCAACGAUAAUCCGAUUAUGGAACUCGUGGUGAGAGACGACCUGAUGCUCGGUGUUAUGGGGGCCCUGGAGUACGACCCAGACUUUCCAAGCCAUAAGGCGAAUCACCGGCAUUGGCUGAGCAAGGAAGGAAGAUACAAAGAGGUGGUUCAUAUCGAGGACGAGAAGGUCCGGAAGAAGAUCCACAUCGUUUACCGAUUACAAUAUCUUAAGGACGUUGUCCUCGCGCGGAUCCUGGACGAUCCUACGUACUCUGUUCUUAACGCCCUAAUAUAUUAUCAGCAGAGUGACAUCCUUCAACAUAUUCAGACAAACCCGGCAUUCCUCAAAGACCUAUUUGGCAUUUUCAGCGCGCAGGAGACGAGCCAGGAGCGUAAAAAGGAAGCUGUGCUAUUCAUCCAACAGUGCUGCGCUACUGCGAAGUGCCUUCAACCCCCAGCGAGGACCCCGUUCUACAAUAUUAUGCUUGCGCAUGGGCUACUAUCCGUUAUAACUUUUGCCCUCCGACACAACGAUGUCGCUGUUCGCGUUGCUGCUACAGAUGUAUUGGUCUCGAUGAUUGAUCAUGAUCCGCAUAUGAUCCGACUGUCCAUAUUCCGCCAGAUUGCUGAAAAGCAAACGCCUCUCACCGAUUCCUUGAUCGAUCUUCUCCUCGUGGAAGUGGACCUUGGAGUUAAAGCACAAAUUGCGGAUGCAAUCAAGGUUCUCCUAGAUCCAGGUUCGCAGAAUGCUCCAGUUGAUACUUCGGCCAAAGCAGGGGGCGAGUUUGGGAUUAGGUUGCGACCCCAGGUAGAUCCCCAGCAAGCAGAAUUUGUGAAGGAUUUCUACGACGACUCAGCCAAAAGGCUUUUCAAGCCUCUGGUAGAUCUAAAAGACAGAGAGAAUAUGGAAUUCAGUACCCAUCAGGUAUCUCUGUUUAUAUACCUCAUCGAGAUUCUAUGCUUUUUCGUUCGACAACAUACGCAUCACAGCAAGUACUUCAUACUCUCUGAGAAGUUGGGUCACCGAAUUGCUCAACUGUUGUCGAGCCCGGAGAAGUACUUGAAGCUCAACGCAUUAAAGUUCUUCCGUAAUCUCAUUGGUCUGCAAGACGAGUUCUACAACCAACAGAUGACACAAGGAAGGCUUUUUGAGCCAAUUCUAAACUUGCUAAUCGAGACGAUGCCUCGAGAUAAUCUACUGAACUCUGCAUGCUUAGAAUUUUUUGACCUUAUCAAGAGGGAGCAUAUCAAGAAUAUAAUCAGUCAUCUGGUUGAGAACUAUCGGGAUAAGAUGAAGGAUAUAACUUAUGUGGAUAUUUUCCAGAAUUUUAUCAUCAGAUACGAUCAGACUCAAGGUUUCGCCAUCAGCAUGGAAACUUCCUUUUUAGAUACCGAAGAAGACACCCCUAAGCGGCCCGAGCCAGGGAGAGGGAAUAGGUGGGAAAAUGGAAUCAAAGAUCUUGAUGCAGCGGAAGAAGAAUAUUUCAACACAUCAGAUGACGAAGACGAUCUUGCUGCCAGGAGAAGGGAAUCCAUGUACGAUACAUCACCUACUUCCAAACCGCUUGUCGAUUAUCCUUCGGAUGAAGAGAACGAGAAUCCGGAAACCAGCACGAAUGCUGCUGACAUUACAUCGGAUCUCAGCAGUGAAUCCUCGGCAUCUUCAAAGCCCGGCGGCGAGGUAGCUUCAAAUUCGGCAUCCCUGGCCCUCCCUCCUCCGGAGCGGCUUUCGGAGAAGCGACGCCGUGAAGAGGACGAAGAAGAUGAGAUAGGGAAACUGUCACUAUCCAAACGGAGAAAUUCGAGUAGCUCUGCGGGCUCUAAUACAAGUAGCAUGUUACGGAGGAAGAAGAGCUUCACCAACCAUGCGGGUGGUGGCUCUACAAACAAACCAAACAAGAUCGCAAUCAGCCUUUCACCAGCAAUCAAAACGGGCGGCGAUGGCGGGGGUGGUGGAGGAGAAGGUGGCAGUUGA